AUGAAGCGCUACACUUUGCGAGUUGAGUGGAGGCCGUUUCAGACUGCCUUCAUCACGGAAGUCGACCUUCAGGACUCCGGCGUGGGCAAGAUGAUCGCCGUUCUGCUUGUGGCAGAUCUCUUUUUCGCUUUGGAUUUGGUUUUGAACUUCACCACGGGAUUCCGGGACUCGAUGCAAGUCCUACAUCGAGAUGGUCGGUCCAUCGCCAUGAACUACUUCAGGUCUUGGUUCUUCAUUGACUUCUUCGCCACCAUUCCAUCACUAGUGAUCCACGUGGUCAUCGUCAGCAUGGACAAGUCUGCCUACCCGAGGCCUUUGUGGUGGCUGAGCCUGUCGCCGCUGGUGCGCUUACCGCGGCUGCGCCACGCCCUGCUGAUGCUCCGCAAGCUAGAGGCGCACCUGAAGUCCAGCUUGUACUCCUCGAUCUUUGCCCUGGUGGAGCUAUUCAUGCUCCCUGUGGUGUUCUCGCACCUCUCCGCCUGCGCCCUGUGGGCACUGGGCCGAAGCAACCUGGAUCACGACGCAACUGUGGGCAGCUGGAUCAAGUUGGGGCUGGAUAUCUCGGACGAUCCCGGGGCGCUGCAGGCCGUGCCGGUGGGUGAAAGAUAUAUGACCGCCAUGUACUUUGCCGUGACAGUGAUGUCUACUGUGGGCUUGGGGGACAUUAGCAUGAACCUGUCCAACGAGCGGGCCCUGCUGUGUGUCAUCAUGGCCACGACGAGUUUGGUGGUGGGCGUCGCGGUCAACGGCGUGGCGACGAUCGUCUCCAAGUUGAACGAGAGGACAGCGGUGACCAACGAGCAGCUCGCCAAGGUCUCGCGCUUCUUGAAGAUCUACAGCGUCCCUGGCGACUUGCAGCGCCGGGUGCACGCCUACCUCGUACAGUUCUUCGAGAACCAG